UUCCCGGUGCGUGCGCCGGGUCGUGUGGGGUGAUCGCGUGUGUGCCGUUGCUGUGCUGCUUGAAGUGUGUAUUUGUGUGUGUGUGUUUUUCUCACGAUUGGUGAGAAUCGUCCGGCACGACCGAUUCCCUAUCUCAACGUGCGGCAGCCCGCCGUGCACGCAUUGUCAUUUGUCAGCACGGCGUUCUCAAACAAACAGGGUAGUCACCGAUAAAUGAUCCCGCUCCUGCGUUCCUUAUCCAUAGCCUGCUCCAAGUCCAACCCAUACGUCCUUUCUUCGGUCCUGUCAGCACAUCGAAGAAGCCUGGCCAUGGCCGCUAAGAGGCAAGCAGUCCUUCUGGGUGUGUACCAGGACAAGGAUAAGGACAAGGAUGGGGACUUCGUACUCACUCCUAGUGCCAAGCAGUUUGCCGCCAGCAGCAAGCUGACUGACCUCCUCGAACUGACCAAAGGUUCUUUCAAGAAGGGUGAAACAAGGAUUUUCUAUGGCUUGGACGAGAAGUACCCGAUCACCUCUGUCGUGCACCUGGGUCCUCGGCAAGCCGAGGUUCGCGAGCUUGAGGAGUGUGACGAAGCUGCGGAGAGCGUUCGAAUCGCUGUUGCUGCUGGUGUGCGAAGCCUGCGUAGCAUCGGUGCCACAGCUAUUGAUGUAGACCCCUGUGCUAAUGCUGAAGCUGCUGCGGAGGGCUGCACGCUGGCAUUACACGUGUUUGAAGAGCUCAAGAAGAAGGAAUCGCGCAAGCCUCCCGUGACGGUGUCACCCCUUAACGAGCAGGAGCUGGACAAGUGGACCCGAGGCCUGGAGAAGUCGGCCGCACAGAACCUGGCGAGACGGCUGUCCGAGAUGCCUGCCAACAUGAUGACACCCACACGCUUUGCCCAAGAAGCGGCCGAGGCUCUGGAAAACAAGGGAGUCAAGGUCAUUGCCAGGGACCGCAAGUGGAUCGAGGAACAGAAGAUGGGCUCCUUCCUGAGCGUCACACAAGGAUCGGAGGAGCCACCCGUGUUCCUGGAGAUGCACUACGAGGGGCCAGGGCACGUGGCCGGAGGGCCCCUGGUGUUUGUCGGCAAGGGUGUCACCUUUGACAGUGGUGGCAUCUCUCUGAAGCCGUCGGCCAACAUGGACCGGAUGAAGGCGGACAUGACCGGUGCUGCCUGCGUUGUUGCCACCUUUGCCGCAGUGGCAGCGCUCAAGCUGCCCGUCAAGAUGGUCGGUCUCGCCCCUCUCUGUGAAAACCUGCCCAGUGGCAGGGCAACCAAGCCGGGAGAUGUCUUCACUGCCAUGAAUGGAACCACCAUCCAGGUAGACAACACGGACGCCGAAGGACGCCUCAUCUUGGCAGACGCUCUGUGCUAUGCGGACACCUUCAACCCCAAAGUAGUUGUGGACAUUGCCACCCUCACAGGUGCCAUGGUGGUUGCUCUGGGUGCUGGUGCAACUGGCGUCUUCUGCACUUCCAAUGCCCUCUGGAACCUGCUGCAUGAGGCUGGCAGUGUGACGGGUGACCGGGUGUGGCGCAUGCCACUGUUUGACCUGUACCACAAGCAGAUGACCAAGACUACCGUUGCGGACAUCAACAACAUCUCCAAGCAAGCUGGUGCAGGAGGCUCCUGUGUGGCCGCUGCCUUCCUCAAGGAGUUUGUCAAGUGCCCACAAUGGGCCCACCUCGACAUUGCAGGCGUCAUGGAGAACAAGGACGAGGUGCCCUACCUCGGAUCGGGCAUGGCAGGCCGGCCGGUGCGCACUCUGGUGGAGUUUGUGGAGCGUGCAGCUAAACUGGAGAAGCUUUGACGGGGGCCAAUCAUCUAGGACGCAUGCCUUCCGUUCAGCCUGCAGGCCACUUGUUGACGUUCUUUAUUACCGUAAAUGAAAUUACAAAUAAAUGACGUCUUUUUUCACUGU